AUGGCUUCUCACCACACUCGUUCCUUGAGUUUCCUGGCUAAGGUUCACCCAAUCGUCGAACAAUUUGAUUCUCAAUUAUCCAGAUUGAGGUCUUCCCAAGCCACCUCUACAUCAUCUUUAUUGAAGCAAACACUAACAAGCCUUAAAGAUUUGUACACCAGUGUCGAUGCAGUGCUUCAACUGCCAAAGAAUCAACAAGCCAUAGCUCAAGAUGUGCACUCAAAGUGGACCGAGGAGGUCUUGGAUCGAUCUCUAAAACUCCUCGACAUUUGUAGCACAUCAAGAGAUGUCCUGGUACAGUCAAAGGAAAGCCUCCAUGACAUACAAUCAGUACUAAGAAGGUCGUGUAGCGGUGAGCUUAACAUUACUAGUGAAGUCGCUCAAUACUUGAACACACGUAAGAGUGCCAAGAAGUUGAUCAAGAAGUCAUUGAAAAACGUCAAGGAUAUUGAACAAACUAACAAAAACAAUGCCAUUGAGAGCAUGUUGAAAGAUGUCAACACGAUAACACUUGAUAUCCUUAAGUCAGUGUUAUCCUACCUCGGUGGUUCAAAGUUGGAAUCGCAAAAAAGUAAAUGGUCUCUAGUCAGCAAAUUAAUGCAGAAGAGCGAUAACAAAGAAGAAUCAACAACAAGCAACAAUUUUGAUGAUGUUGAUGCUACACUUGAGUCAACUAUCCGCCAAAAGAACAAAAAUGGUGUUGAGAACAUGAGGAGCCAGAUGACAAAACUCGAGUCUGAAAUUCAAUCUCUUGAUGAAGCAUUAGACUCUUUUUGUUAG